AUGUGGCUUGGCCAUGACAGCCUUGAUCAUCUAAAAAGGGAGAAUCAUCGAAAGGCGCUUACCAAGAGCAGUCAUGGAACUGACACUCUCAACCAAGCUCAACGCCUAGCCGGUGACCCUUCGGGAGAGCUGGGGCCCCACAUCCGUGUCACUGUCACCACUCUCCUUGACUACUACAAAGGACCCAGCUUUGAGCCCAAAUUCCUCAGCUCCAGAGGUCAGGUGCAGCCACUUACCCUGCUGUGCCACAGGAGAGACAGGAGCAUUGUGACCACAUUCCUGUGCCUUUCAGGUACCAGCAAGGUCAACCUUGUGAAGAUCGCAUCCACUGCCUCCAGCCCUCGGGACACAGCCCUGGCUGCCGUCAUCUGCAGUGCUCUGGCCACCGUACUGCUGGCCCUCCUCAUCUUGUGUGUCAUCUACUGUAAGAGACAGUUCAUGGAAAAGAAGCCCAGCUGGUCUCUGCGGUCACAGGACAUUCAGUACAACGGCUCUGAACUGUCAUGCUUUGACAGACCUCGGCUCAGUGGCUAUGUGCAUAGAGCAUGUUGUCAGUGCCACCAGGACUCAGCCCAGACCUACGGGCCUGUUCACCUGAUCCCAUCCUUGUGCUGUGAUGAGGCCUGUGGCACCACUCGGGCGGCACUUGGCUGUGGGGCACAUUCUACGGUCAACCAUCAGGAGAGACACACAGCUCCAGUGGGGGAGACAAUGCCAACUUUCUUUGGGUCCCUUUCCCGGUCCAUGUGUGGUGAGUUUUCCGAUGCCUGGCCACUGAUGCGAAAUCCCACGGGUAGUGACGACAUCUCUUUUUGUGACACUCAUCAUGAAAUUACUGAAGAAGAUGGUUCUGAGAAUCCAGAAAAUGAAAGCUCAACAUCGACAUCUUUGGAUUCAGGCAGUGGUCAAGAUGUGGUUGGUGGAGCUGUUCCAGUUCAAGCUCAUUCUGGAACCUUCACAGAAACCACCGGUUCAUCCAGAUACCAUGACUCAGUGACAGAACCAACACCAGCCCAGGAUGCUGCUCGAAGCCAGCUAGGUUGUGAGGCCAGCAACACCACACACCUAACCACUCCCACCUCCCUACAGGAGGCCUAAGACUAUCUUCUUCCUGCUGUGGAAGUGUGCCUGCACACAAAGGGAGCCCUGUGUUAGACUUACGGACUGAGCGGUCUGGACCCUGUGUGACUACUGCGAG